AUUGAGAAGUCCUUUUUCCCCAUGCUCUCCUCUGGUGUUCGGGACCUUAAACACAUAUAGUGCAAAAGUAUAGUAGAAGGACAAAUGAUGCAAGCUAGCAUUUGGAACCUGGUGACCACCUCCGUCAGGCCAACAUGUGUAAAACGCAUUCUUCCUGGAAUGACAGCUGCACAGCAGCGCAGAUAUGCCAGUACGAUAGAUGCAGAUUUAGUGGUGAUUGGAGCUGGUCCUGGUGGAUAUGUAGCAGCGAUUAAAGCUGCACAAUUGGGCAUGAAGACUGUUUGCGUGGAGAAAGGUCAGACUCUAGGUGGCACAUGUCUCAAUGUUGGAUGCAUUCCAUCAAAGUCACUUUUGAACAAUUCACAUUAUUAUCACAUGGCUCAUAGUGGAGAUUUGGCAAAUCGUGGAGUUGUUGUGUCAAAUGUCCAACUGGAUCUCAACAAACUUAUGGAACAGAAAACAAAUGUAGUCAAGGCCUUGACAGGUGGAAUAGCUGGACUGUUUAAGAAAAACAAGGUUGAAUGGGUCAAAGGUCAUGGAAAAAUCACCGGCAAGAAUCAAGUGACAGCUUUGAAGCCAGAUGGAUCUGUUGAGUCGAUCAUCAACACAAAAAACAUUCUUGUAGCAACCGGCAGCGAAGUCACGCCAUUUUCUGGCAUUGAGAUCGAUGAGAAACAGAUCGUAUCUUCAACGGGCGCGUUGUCACUCAGUGAAGUCCCCAAGAGUCUCAUUGUUAUUGGGGCUGGAGUAAUCGGAUUAGAAUUAGGCUCAGUUUGGCAAAGAUUAGGUUCCGAUGUAACGGCUGUUGAAUUCCUACCUACGAUCGGUGGCAUGGGCAUAGACGGGGAAGUUAGUAAAACGAUGCAAAAGGUCCUCGCCAAACAGGGUCUUAAGUUUAAAUUAGGAACAAAAGUCACGGCUGCCAACAAAAGCGGCAAUGAGAUCGUGGUUUCUGUCGAAGACGCGAAGGAUCCUAGCAAGAAGGAAGAUCUGGCUUGCAACGUAUUGUUGGUGUGCGUUGGCAGGAGACCGUAUACACAAAACUUGGGUCUCGAAGAUCUGGGAAUCGAGAGAGACGAGAAGGGUAGAAUACCAGUCAACAAUCGAUUCCAGACGGUGGUUCCUAGCAUUUACGCUAUCGGAGAUUGCAUUCACGGACCGAUGCUGGCUCAUAAAGCUGAGGACGAGGGCAUAAUCACAGUAGAGGGUAUUGCCGGAGGUGCGGUCCACAUAGACUACAACUGCGUGCCGAGCGUGAUAUACACGCAUCCGGAAGUAGGCUGGGUUGGUAAGACUGAAGAAGAUCUGAAGAAGGAAGGUAUCGACUACAAAGCAGGCAAAUUUCCGUUCAUGGCAAAUUCUCGAGCGAAAACGAAUUUAGAGACGGACGGUUUCUGUAAAGUACUUGCCGAUAGCAAAACGGACAAGAUCUUAGGCGUGCACAUGAUUGGUCCGGCUGCAGGAGAGCUUAUCAAUGAGGCAGUUCUCGCGAUGGAGUAUGGCGCCAGCGCGGAAGACGUUGCACGCGUAUGUCACGCACACCCGACAUGCGCUGAAGCACUCAGAGAAGCUCAUUUAGCAGCCUAUUUCGGCAAACCCAUCAACUUCUAAGUUCUCGAAAGGUAAACAAAUCGCUUAUCGUUAUGUAAUAUUUGUUAGUUCAUCGCGCGUUCAGCGUUAGUUUAUAAAUGUGGCUAUCCGCUUCGGACCUUGCUGAGAUAAUGUUUGUGUGUGUAUAUAUACAUACAUAUAUACAUAUAUAUAUAUAUAUACUUAUAUUUACGUAUUGUGUGUACAGACACAGUUUAUAACAAACUCUUCGCUGAACGCGCGAUGGAGCAUCGUGGACUUCUCGUCUCGUAGCCUCGAUCUAGUCUACGUUUAUCAAUCGUCACACAUAAUGCAAACUAAACGGCGCAUAAUUUUGCGUUAACCGCGUUAUGAUAUUGUAAAUAAAAAUUUGAAAAGAUUUAUGCUGCAAAAGUAACGAUAAAUUUACUUCUCUACCCGGGGGAGUUUAUUGUAUUUAUUACAAAUAAACACAAAAAGAUGUGCAGCAUCAAAACGAUUCAAAUUGCUUUUUAUCCACACAGACCUUGAGAAAAAAAAACCUUCCUAACAUAAUUCUCUCGUAUUAACAAUAAAAAAUAGAAAACGAUAUUUUUUUUCAUUUUGUUGCACAAAAUAAUUUUUAUUAAAACUUGUACCUUUUAGUAGCAAGUAAAUAGUCGUUAUACAAUUCUGACAAUAAAUAUGUAUCAUACAAUUGUUUUUUUUUUUUCUUUCUUUUUAAUACUAAAUGAACACAAAUAAGAAGUGUACUUCAGCGUCGCGCGCAUUUGUACGGUAAAUGAGUUUACGCUGCCUAAACACAUUUUUUUUUUACUGUUGAACUUUACCGUUUACGUAAGUGUGGCAUAAGUCUUAUGACGUAACUCUAACAGUUCCUUUCGUAUCUGUGUCUCGAUUAUUGAACAACUUUUGCACACGAGAGUCCGCAAGUACGCCUUAACGCAAACUGUGGAUUUUUCGCACACGAAAGUUGUUCAAGAAUCGAGGCUCUGUCCCAGGUAAUCAAUUAUCGAUGGUCCCUUUCAUUUCUCUCGACAAUAUAAGCACAAAUUUCUUAGCAGUACCUCAGUUCAUUUCGAUUUGUUUACUGAUCAUACGACUUUUAAUUGUAACCACUACGUUAAACAGUUAUUUACUUUCAUCCGAUCUACCGAAUCUAACUCUAGAGAUCAACAAGCGCGUUAUAUAAUCUUACGGUAUUAUCCAACCAAUAUACGAUAUUAAAUCCUAUAAGUUUAAAUACGUGUGUACAUUCGCAAAAUUAAAUACACAUAUAUUUCUA